UCAAAGAUGAAGAGGUGCUUUGGGAUUUUUCUUGUGUCGCUCAUCUUUUGCACAAUGUUCUGUGAGACUGUUGGGCUGGUUAUUUCGGCAAAGGAGAAGAGGGGCUGGACUCUCAAUAGUGCUGGCUACCUUUUAGGUCCCCGUCGGAUAAUUCAGAUAAAGGAUUCACCCAGUGCCAGAGGCAGAGACAAGCUGAUCAAUCAAUAUGGAAUAGAUGGACACGGCAUACUGGGAGAUAACCUUGGACUUGCUGGCAAGAGAGACAUGGAGUGGGAAGAAAACUUUCAAAGUGGUGUCCAAGGAAAAGAAGAUAUUGUCCACACCGUCAUUGACUUCCUGUCCUACCUCAAAUUUAAAGAAAUGGGAGGCUUGCAAAGUCUGACUUCUUCUGUGAGAUCAGAUGAAACUGCUAAUCCAUAGUUACGUCACUUUUCACAAUCAAACCUGCUCUUCCCAGUAUUUGUUUUUUAUUGGAAGAGCUUUUAUUACUUUAGAGCAGGGAAGUCCAAAGUCUAGGUACUCACAUCUAAUAUAAUAUCAGAACAGAUGUCUUUAACGCCACACAAUUUUUUUUUCCUUCUUUGGGGAGUUGCUGAUAUUGGCGUGUCCUGGCAGACGCAGAGAUGCUGAUCUUUUUAUUGAAUUGCAAUAGUUUUACGAAGUGCUUUUUAGGCUUUAUACCAAUGAGAAUGUAAAUUGGAGUACGAAAUUAAUGUAAAGAAAUUUGGUAUUAUUUAACAAAGGAUGACAAAUGUCAUGA